AUGGCCCGUGAGGGCAGCGACCAGAGAGCAUCUGCGGCCGGCCAGACGGAAGAGAGCGACGAGAUGCAGGGGAAUCUUUUCAAGAAGAAGAGGCGCACGAAGAGGAGCCCCGUGUCCAACCUCUCGGACGACCUCCUCGUCGAGAUCAUCUCGCGCGUGCCCUACCAGUCCACCUGCUGCUGCAAGUGCGUCUCCAGGCGGUGGCGCGACCUACUCUCCCACCCCGACCACCUCAAGAAGCUUCCCCAGUCGACCCUCGCCGGCAUCUUCUACAAAACCUUCGGAGGCACGGGCCGCCUGCCCCCAGCUAGGUUUUGUGGUUACCGAAGCGUAUCAGGGAACUUCUGCUCUAGCAUGGACCCCUCCCUCUCCUUCCUGCCCAAACGGAGGAGAGUUCAGUUUUACCUCUUGGACUGCUGCAAUGGCCUCCUCCUCUCCCGCAACUGGGAUCAGCCUUAUGGUGUCAAGAACUUUGAUUAUGUGGUCUGCAAUCCCGCCACUAAGAAAUGGGUCGUCGUGCCUGCCGCCGUAUGGUCCUGCGAGGUGCGGAUUACUCGCCUAGGGUUCCAUCCGACUGUCUCCUCCCACUUCCAUCUGUUCGAGCUUGCAUCUGCUGGUGCCAAUAUGGAGGGUCAGGGUACACGCAUCCAAGCAGUCGGAAUCUACUCAUCCAAAGCUGGAGUUUGGACACAUCAAGUUGUUUGGGACAGCCCAAUUUCGAUAAACCGACUAUUCGAAAAGCGUAUUUUUCAACAGGAUGCUGCAUUUAUCUUCUCGGUCAUGUCAUAA